AUGUAUGAAGGAAAAAUAUCAAAAACAAGCUUAUUACUUUUAAUUAAUGAAAUAAUUAAGACAAAUAUAGAACUACUGAAAAAUAAUGAGAUUGAAUUAAGUAGUUUUAGUAGCAAUAACGAAGAUGAUAUAAAUGAAAAAAGACUAACAUAUGAAGAAGAAGAAAAAGAAAAAAAAAAAAAAAAAAGUAUAUAUGAAAAGAUAUGUGAAGGAAAUGAUAAAAUGAAUAAUAGUAAAUAUUUAGAGAAUGAUGAAAAAAAUUAUCUAAAUAUAAUAUCUACUAAACUAAAAGAUAUGGGAAAGAAUAUAGGUAUGAAGCUAGUAGAGAGGAUGCUAAUUCAUAAAAAUGAAUUUAAUGAUGUUAAAGAUAUUUUGAAAUUUAUUGGAAGGGAUAUUUGGUAUAUUUUAUUCAAUAAAAAUGCUGAUAAAUUGCAAACUUAUAAAAAAGGUGUUUAUAUUGUUAUUGAUAACGAUAUAGGGAUAUAUUUAAAACAUUUAUUAAUUGAUAAUGGAACAAAUCAGAAAAAUAAUUUCAUUCAUUACUUCUUAAUUUUAAUUAUUGGAAUUAUAAAAGGAAUACUUAAAAGAUUUAAAAUAAAAGGAUAUGUAACAUAUGAUUUAAAUUAUCCUCAUUGUUCUUUUCAAAUAAAUAUCAUUGAUGAUUAA